AUGCCUGAUGGUAAGAAUUAUUUCAGCAAAAUAUACAUAUGUUUUGCUUCAGUAAAAGAGGGAUGGAGGGGAGGAUGUAGGAGGAUCAUUAACCUGGAUGGUUGUUUUCUGAAAACUUUUUGUCAAUGGGAGUUGGUUUGUGCUGUGGGUAGAGAUGCUAACAAUGGAAUAUUCCCAAUUGCUUGGGCAGUUGUUUCUGUGGAAAACAAAGAGAAUUGGAAAUGGUUCUUAGAAAGUCUUUCAGAAGAUUUGCAAUGUUGGAAUCAUGGUAACGAUUUGGUUCUAAUUUCGGAUCAACACAAGCGUUUGAUUGAGGCAGUGAAGGAAGUAUUUCCAACAGCUGAACAUAGACAGUGUGCUAGACAUAUCUAUGCGAAUUUUAGAAAGCCAUUUAGUGGAUCCAAGUUUGAAAAUCUGUUUUGGAAAGCGAGCAAGGCAACAACUGAAGCACAAUUUAAUGUAGUCAUGAAAGAGAUUGGAAAAUUAAAUCCGGAAGCAGUUGUGCAUCUUAUGGCUAGAGAUCCAAAGACUUGGUCUUUGGCUUUUUUCAGAGUUCAUAAUUCUUGUGAGUCAGUAGAGAAUGGUUUUUCAGAGAGUUUUAAUAGUGUGAUUUUGGAUGCCCGGAAGAAACCAAUAAUAAGCAUGUUAGAGGACAUUCGUAUAUAUGUGAUGCAAAGGAUGGUGACUAUGAAACUAACCGGACAAGGAUGGAAUGCUUAUUCUGUUUGUCUAAAUAUCAUAAUACGGUUGAAUAUGCUCCAAACUGAGCAAAGGCAUUGGCAUGUCAUUUCUUGUGGUGGGAUGAAGUUUGAGGCAAGGAAGAUGGACGAGGCGUUUAUUGUGGAUGUUGAAAAAAAGGAAUGCAGCUGCAGGCUAUGGCAACUUAAUGGAUAUGGUUGCGUACACUCAGUUGCCACCUUAGCCUACUUAAAUUUGACACCUGAUGGUCCAUAUGUAGAUUCAAUGUACUUGGCUGCAUUAUACCAUAAUACUCACAAACAGCCAAUCCAUGGGAUGAAUGGACAAAAUAUGUGGCCUUCUACUGACUUGAUACCCCCUUUGCCUCCAUUGAAAAGGCGUAUGCCAGGAAGGCCAACCAUAAAGAGAAGAAGAGAUGCUUCUGAACGGAUGGGAAAACAUACCGUCUGCAAGGCAGGGAAGAAAGUUUCUUGCAGCAUAUGCAAGGAGAAAGGACACAACAAGGCUACUUGUAGUAAAGGUGUAAGAACAUCCAAACAAAAUGGAACAAAGAAACAAAAACAGAUACCUACGCAGGAGUCUGUAAACAUUACCAUAGGAGUAGGGGAGGAUGAGGUAAUCGUAGAUGCUACUGAUGCUUUGGAUAGGCCUAGAGAUGAAGAGCGAAUGGUGGGAGUCAAUGGACAGGAUGAAGGGGUGAAUGUCAAUGCUCGAGUUAAGCAUGUUAAACCACCUAAAAUGCGAAAGAAGUCAGAACGAAUCAUUAAACUGAAGCUUGCAAAAAAUGUAGGGGGUGAAGGUAGCAGUGUUGCAACGGCCAUGGAAUUGGAUUAA